AACAAGGAGCCCACAGGCGCACAUAACGCAGCCAAGAUGAGAUUCACGCUGAAUCCAGUAGCGUUGUCCAACCACAUCGUUCGGAUGGGGGAUCCCCGAACGCGCGACUAUCCGUUGGUCACCAACCCACUCUUCGUAUUCCCAAUGGUCGCCUUCUACCUGUACUUCGUCAAGGUGGCUGGUCCACGCUGGAUGAAGGACAAGAAGCCCUUCGACGUCGUCAACCUCGUCCGUGUGUACAACCUGUUCAUGGUGGCAAUGUCGAUAAGGUUCCUUUACCUCAUGCUGCCGUUCACGUACUUGCCCGGCGGCCACUAUGACCUCUGGUGCCAGGGCAUCACGGGCUACAUGGACGACGAGAUGAGGGCCUACUACAAGCAGGGCUGGGUCUUCACAGCCGUCCGGUACGCCGACCUGUUGGACACGGUGUUUUUCGUGCUGCGCAAGAAGUUCACCCACAUAUCGCACCUGCACGUGAUACACCACACACUCGUGACCAUCAACGUGUGGUUCUACACACUGUUCGCGCCAGAGGGCCAGCCGGCGCUGGGGCUGGCACUGAAUGUCGCUGUUCACGUUGUCAUGUACUCGUACUACUUCCUCACCACAUUGGGGCCAAAGGUACGCAAGUAUCUGUGGUGGAAGAAGUAUCUUACGGCUGUGCAGAUAGUUCAGUUUAUCAUCAUGAUCAUUCACUUUUCCAUACCGCUGUUCGUUGACUGCGGCUUUCCCAGGCACCUUAUCAUCAUCGGAAACGCGCAAACUUUCCUCGUGUUGUGCCUUUUUGUCAACUUUUACGUCAAGAACUAUUCGCGUAGUGACUCCUCCUCGACGAGAAAGCUUGCACCGGAGCCGAUGCACGACAAUUCCGCGUCGGCUUGUAAGGCUGAGUAGCUUUAGUCCUUACAGCACGUAAAUGCACCAGCAGCAUUGGGACGUAAAGCUUGAGUCAAACCACGAUGACUAUUUGCCACUGCUCUAAGUACAAAUGCUGUGAUCACCCAACAGCACCCUACAUCAUGACGCGUUGAGCUUGUUCUGAACUUCCUUGUAGGAGCAUAGAAAUGUGAAGUGGUAAAUGUAAUUUU